UUAGUAGUUGGAAGUUUUGUGCAAGAAGCCCCACCCUGAUAUAAUCUAAAACAAAAAAAGUACCCAAAUAGGUACCAAAACACUACUUUAAAAAACCCACAAUCAAUCACAGAUUUAAAUUAUUGAUUGCUUAAACCCACAAAAUAACAUGGAAAUAACACAGAAAAUGACAAUUUAAAAAAAAUACUCAUUAAACAAAAAGUAAACGUGUUAGAAAAAUAACAAAAGCAAUUCGAACUACUUACAGAUCAGGAAAAACAUUUAAAAGAAAUAAAUAUAAAAUCAAUAAAAUAAAAAAAGUAAAGAAAACCUUAAAUAAAAACAAUAAUUAUGCUUUAAAAUGAGACAAGUGUAAAAAAACCUUCUGGCAGUAACUUUAAAAUAGAAAAAUCGUAAAACCGGAAAACAAAAUAAACAGUUAAAGAAAACCCUCCUUUUAAAAAAAUAACGUGAAAACAUAAAGGAAACCAAAACAAAAUUGUGGCCUGUAUAUUAAAAAGAAAAACAAUUAUGAGAGUAUUUAUGCGCCAACAACCGCUAUUGAGAAUGUAUGCAAAAUAAAUAAAAAGAAGAAAAACAAAUAAACAACAUUUUUAAAUUAAAGACGUUAAGAAGAUUAGAAAAACAAAACAAUAAUAAAAUACAAUAACGUUAAAAAAACUCUAAGUGCAAAACAAGAACAGAAAACAAGCAAAAAUAGUUUUCCUCUAAAAAAAAAUAAAAAAAGGAAUAAACCAAAAAAAACUUUAAUAUUAUUUUCAUUUAGUUAGUGUUACCUAUAUUUCUAUCAUAAAACAACCCCUUUUAUUCUAUUUAGUCAGUUCACCGGAAAUUCCGAAAAAAGGAAAGUGCUAUCACUGAAAUCUUCCAAAAAAUUAACACUUUAAACUCUCAGUUAAAAUUAUUUGGCAAAUUAAUCCACAGAGAUUUUGCUAAAAUUUUCAUAAUUACGAAUUCUAUAACCAACUCAGCAAUAUAACGCUUUCCUUCAAUUUGGAGUGCCAUGUUUUGGAAGAGUCGAAAAAUACAAAUAUUUGGUCGAAAGGCUUUGCUCAUUUUGGCCCUGUUAGUCUGCUGUCUCUUAACUCUCACAUAUGGAGAUGAAGCCACUACAACAAACACAAGAAUACGCAAUUUACCAAAGAUAACAAAAUCACGAGCAAUAGCUCUAGAAAAAGCUAAAGCGACAACGACCACCACUACAACUACUACCACGACACCACCACCACCCACACAAUCAGCCAUAGAAGAGACUACAAUCGGCAUAAAUGAUAUUUGUAUUCACGGAAUAACAGCCGUGAUAGGAAAUUCCGAAGAAGAGGAGACAAUUAUAAAGACUCAAAAUGAUUUGGUACAAAUCAUAGAGGGCGAUAUAAUGAUAAGUGUCAUUACGAAGGAUACAAUAUCAGCCAUGUUUGUGAUAAAUCGUUUGAAUGUAGCAAAUCUACUGGAGGCCAAUUUUGAAAUAGGCAUUCGUGCUAUAGCUAUAGACAAUGAUCAUUUGGUGGAGAAUCUCCUAUUGCAAGAGGUGGAAUACCAACAACAAUGCCUGACCCAUGCCGUAGGCAUAUUUAUUGAUUUCGAUUAUUAUAAUAUGCUGGAGGAUGUCAUCAAAGAAUUGGAUUAUUAUAUUUGGCCUAUACCCUCAACACGUGCUGAUAUUUUCCCCAAAGUCGCUCAUUUACUCUAUCAAAUGCCUUGGGGCGAUCAAAUUGCUUCGGUGGAAAUUUUAACGGAAAAUCUAAAUGUUUAUAAUGAUUUUAUGGAUGCAGUGCGUUCGGAACACAUGUGUCUAAUGCAUUUUAAGAGUGAUAGUAAUAUUUAUAUAUUGUUUGGUAAUAAAUUGGCUUCGCAUUUCAAAGAGAAUGGGACGGUGUUUGCAGUACCCACGGAACGAAUGGAUAGACAUUUUAUAAUUGAUUUGCCCAAUAAAUCCUUUAUAUUAAUGGAAAACGAAAUCGAUGUUCACCUGGUGGAUAAGAAUGCCACACAAGUAACACUGGAUGAACCGCUGAUAGGAAAAACAAUUUUACCCUCACGUGUUUUAGCCUUUGCCAGACCCAUAUUGGAAUUAUCUCGCUGGUUGAAAUCUUCGAUGCAAAAGAAUUGCAAACGUAUAGAUGAUUUUUUCGUCUUAGAAACUUGUAAUGAUUUUCUAACCUUCAUUGAGGAUUGGGAAAAGCCCGAUUAUAAUUUGAUAAAUCAUGAUACAGCUGAACUGCUGGAUCUCUUGAGCAUGCGCAAACUUGCUACCUUGAUGAAUUUUCAAAUGUUUCAAAAAUUUGUAGAUGAGACAAGACCUGGAGCACCACCCGGUCCCAUAGAGUUUGAGGAGAAAAUAACGAAUUUACGUGAAAUUGCCAGUCAAAAUUUUGUUACCAAUAUCACCACUUACUACCACUACAAUCGAGACAAUCAGACUAGUGUGGAAUUGAAGACCAAGUUUGGUCAUGUUUUCAAUUGUCAGUAUACGGCGGGAGGGGAUAAUUCACGUUACCCUUUUCUGUUUGAUGGUGAAUCGGUAAUGUUUUGGAGAAUUAAGCCGGACACCUGGGUGGCCACCGGCAUGACAGCUGCUAUUCUGGGCAUACUUUGUACAUUGGCCAUUUUGGUAUUUAUUGUAGUGCGUAUUUCUUUGGGUGAUGUCUUCGAGGGAAAUCCAGUAACUUCCAUAUUGCUUUUACUCUCUUUGCUGUUAAUGUUUACCUCGUUUAUACCCUUCUCCCUGGAGUAUGUGGGCGAGCAUCGCAAUUCACAUGUAACCUUUGAAGAUGCUGCCACUUUAAACACUUUGUGUGCGGUGAGAAUUUUCAUCUUGACUUUAGUUUACUGUUUUGUCUUCUCUCUUUUGCUGUGUCGUGCCGUUAUGUUGGCUUCUAUUGGCUCUGAGGGUGGUUUCCUAUCGCAUGUUAAUGGUUAUAUCCAAGCAGUCAUAUGUGUGUUUAGCAUUAUGGUCCAGCUAGUCAUGUCCAUACAGCUGUUGGUGGUUAUGCACAUUGCCUCCGAUAAGGUUUCCUGUGAAAAUAUGUACUAUGGUCAUUGGCUAUUGGGUUUGUUGUCCUAUGACAUGCUGCUCCUUUUGAGUAUAAUUGCUUUGGUGCCGUUUAUCUAUCGUUCUCAGCGUAAUUAUCGUGAGGGCAUUUUGAUAGUCAUCGGUUCAGUUUUAAUGUUUAUAAUAUGGAUCGUUUUUAUUUCGCUUUCCAUGUUUGGGGACGACAUGCGUGAUGCUGCUUUACCUUUGGGUCUACAAGCUUCUGGUUGGGCUAUACUCGUGGGUAUAUUAAUACCCAGAACAUUUCUUAUAGUAAGAGGCAUUGAGAGAUCGGAUAUAGCCCAGGCCUUGCCCUCUUUAACAUCACUGGCGUUUGCGCAAAAUAAUCAAUACUCAUCGGAGCAGAGUGUCUAUGAAUGUGUCAAUCCUGCCAUGCGCAACAUGACCCAGGACGAACAUCACAAUCAAACACCCAGUGAAAUACCCACUUUGCCCAUACGCGGCAGUGGUCCCCGUCGUCAACAAUUCUUUGCCAAUUUACGUCAAGCAAAUGCUCACAUUGGUCCCAAUAGACAAGGCACUACUCGUGUACAACGUGGCUCUCCCAAUCAAUCCGAACAAUCAUCUCUAGAAGAUGAUGAAGACACUCCCGAAAGCAGUAAAAUUACUAGAUUUUAAAAUGUAACUUUCUACAAAAAUCUCAUGCUUCCCCUUCAGUAAACUCUUGCUCUAAUGGACCAAAUGACUACAUUCCAGAUUUUUUUUAUGAAUCUUUAUAAUCUUUAAUAUGUAAGUCUAAGAAGAAAGUUUUAAAGACUCCGCCGCCCUAAAGACUCUUUGUAACACCAUUAGUUUUAAGGUUAAAUGUAUUUUAAAAUCAGCAUAAUUUUAUUAAUAUUUUUAAAAAAAUAUUUUUUCUGUUUUAUGUGUAAGUUGAAAGUUUAAAUUCUUUUGAAACAUUUCUAGUCAAAACCAAUACCUUAAUGAAUCUUUUAAAAGGAUUUUUAAAAUAGCAAGUGUAAUAAAUAUUAGAUUUUCAAAGUAAUAUUUAACAAUAAUAUUUAUUAAAUAAAAAUUAAAAUAUUUAU